GGAUCAAGGCUGCUCAAAAUCUUUUUUAUCAGGGGAAUGCUGGUCACACUAAGUGAUGGGGAACUAUGGAGCAGCGAGAAUAGCAGAGUUCUUGUUUCCUAGCAACUGACCUCAUUAUGCGAACAGUUUCCUUUGUUUUAAUGUUCAUUUCAACAUUUGCUUUUCUCAAUUGUGAGAAGGCCGUCCUAGCUAUUUUUAUAUACUUACAAGAAAUGAAAAUACCCAGGAAAUGCUAAGGUACUUGCAAGGAAACCAAUCCACCUCCAGGAACUUGAAAAUGAGUGACAACACCACACUGGCCCCUCCAACCACAGAGCAGGCUCCUGCCACUCCCCGCAAGGGACCCCCUAAAUUCAAGCAGAGACAAACUCGACAAUUCAAGAGCAAGCCUCCUAAGAAAGGUGUAAAAGGGUUUGGAGAUGACAUCCCAGGCAUGGAGGGCCUUGGAACAGAUAUCACGGUCAUUUGCCCCUGGGAAGCCUUCAGCCACCUGGAAUUACAUGAGCUGGCCCAGUUUGGAAUCAUCUAAAUCAAGAAAGUAGCUUUCAUUGUCCCCAACAAUUCCAGUACCUCGGAUGUUUAUGUGUGACCAUACCAAUAUGUGAUGUGUCCAGAGGCUUAGCCAUUUUAGAGCAUUAUCUUCUUAGACUCUCCCAAAGAACAGGCACUUCAAAUAUCAAUUACAUGUAAGGAUUAAGGAAGUGAACAUCCCCUUUGGUGUCAAACUUUCUGUUUUCAAAAUAGCUUGACUCUUAAAAGUAAUAAGCCUUUCUCUUGAGAGACUUUGAUUUACUUCAAAUGAACAGAUAAAGUUGUAUAAAAUGUGGCACACAAACACUUGGCCCAAAUCAGAGGAAAAGCAUCCAAGGCAAAGAAAAAAAUCAGUUAAAGAAUAGAAUUAUGUAUUCAAAACCAAUAAAUCUUUAGUCCCCAUCACCUUAGUUCACAUUAAUUUUCUCCCUUUAUCCAUAUAGUUCACAUAUUGAGUCUAUAUUUGGUCCAGUGGGACCAUUGUGACAAUGCUCUUAUAUUAUUUAUUCCUUUGCUUCUUGACUUUUUUGUGUUCUUCUGUAGGAAACUUUCAAUAAUUGGGAAGCAUUUCUGAGAACACUGUAAAAUAGAGAAGAAUCUACCUAAGAAUGUAGAUGUCUGACAGCAAUUUAAAAAGCAUUAUAUUUUAUGCCCUGAUAAAAAGUGAUAGCUUGCCUUCCUCACCAUGAUGAAGUUAUGUUGAAUGAAAUCACCAAACAUUUAUAUUUCCACACCAAUUAUGAAAAUUCAAGCCUUGCUGCUGGUUUUGUGUUGGGUUAUCAAUAUUUCUCCACAUAAUUUUUCAAAUCAGUAGUGUAAGAAUCUAAGAAGUUAAAAGGUUUUGAGAUCGUCACAAAAUUCUGGGCAUGGGAUACAGAGAGGAUCAUCAUGGAAAAUAACCUAUAAAGAUCUUAUAAUAAACCUUAUGUUUUCAGGAUAAAAGCAGUAACUAAAGUGAAUUUUUACUUUCCAGGGAUUUCUUCUGCUUAUGAAAUAGAUUUUCAAUAUUAAUUCUGAAUUUGUAAUAUUAGUAGGAUGAUUACAUGAUAUUAUUUAGUGUAACCCCCUCAUUUUAUAGAUGAGGAAACUGAGGUCCAGAGAGUGACUUACUCAAGUUCAUGUAGAUAGGAAGUAGAAGAGUCCUUCUGAUUUCAAAUCCAAUACUUUUCCCACUGCAUUUUCUACAAUAUCAAGAUGGCAAUAUUUUUUUGUUCGUGUUUUUGGCAGUACAUAUUUUUUUCAGUGUGAUUAAAUUGCCUAUAGUCAUUGGUUCCCUCUUAUAUCUACAUUGCAUUCUUGGAUAAUGGAAAAAUUACUCCUCUUAUACACAAAAGCCUUGGUUCAAAUCAUCCCUGUACUAUUUAUUUGAUGUGUGGCUUUAGGAAAGUCACUUUAACUCUAAAUCCUGAAUUUCUCAUCUAAAAAGUGAAGGGAGUGGGGAGGGAGAACAGAGGGAAAUGGUCAACUAAGCAUUCUCUAAGGCCUUUUUUGAGCCCUAACAUUCUGAAAUUCUAUUCUUUUUUCUUCUGAGCAGUUGUUCAACUAAGAUAGGGCGAAACAUGAAAAUAUGAGAAACAAAGUAUAAUAAAGACCAAAAGAAGAAAAAUUUUAUAUAAAUAGGCUAAACAAAGAGAGAAAAACAAGGAAGUACUAAAAACUGUGUUCGUAGUAUAAGGAUAUCCCUCUCUAUAGUACUUUGAGGUUUACAUAGCUCUUUCCUUAAAACAAUUUUGGGAGGCAGGAAUCACAAUUAUGGUUGUGACCAUAUGUGUGUUUUUAUUAUGUGUGUUAGUAUGAUAACACAUAUAGUAAAUAUGAGAUGAAACAAGUAUAACGAGGUCUCCUGAUUCCAAGUCUAGGUGAAGAUUAAACAUGAAGGCUAGAUAGAAAGGGGAGAUUGAAAGAGAGGGAGCAUUGAUAGACAUGGAAAAAUUGGGUCCACAAAGAAACAAGCUAAUGCAUGAAGAGACCACUAAAAUGGUUGUUAACCUUGGUUGUGGUGUUAACUUGAUGGAAUCUUUACAAAUUGUUAAGCCAU